AUGUACUUUCAAGGGAUUAGCAUUCUGAGCAUUGCUCUUAUGACAUCCAUAGUCGUACCGGGAAUAGCUGCCCCAACACGACAAGUCAAGCGUCAAGCAGCCUGCUUCCUCGUCGGCAGUGAGACACUACCAGCCGAGACAGCUGACAUCGCCGCCGCAAUCCAAGGUGGUAUCACCUGCGGCACCGCCACAACCAUCGGCAACGUCCCCGACGUAUCAUCAAACGGCGUCUCGUUCUCGGACAUCAACUUCGCCAGCUCAUCGUCCACACCGCUCCAAUUCGCACUCGACACCUUUGCGACCGCAACCCCGCUUGCGUCAACGGAUCUCAGCGUCUUCGAGACGGACUUGAAUUUAUAUCUGGCCACUGAAGCGGGCAUUCGCAGUGAAGGGGGCAAUCUCGCGAUUAAGGUGCCGAAAUUCUUCCUAGCGUUCCAGGUUGCGCGGAUCAAGACAGCGCAGGGCAUUGCUAUCACGGAUCCCGGGCAGACGGUCGACCAUUUACUGGAGAAGGUGACGAAGAACGCUGCUGGGGAAAAUAAGGCGCUCCUUGACCAGGUGGUCGCGCUGUCGACGCAGCUCCGGUAG